GAAAAAAAAACCCACUCCCCGUCCACCACCUCCCCUGAUCCCCAACCUUCCCCCGAUCUCCCUCGUGCCAGGUGCCAGCGCCGUGCAUCUCUCCCCGCUCCUCGAUCUCCUAGCACCGCCGCUCCCCGCUUCCCCUGCCUCCCGGCGCUGCCGUGCCCACUUCCCCUGCCUCCUAGUGCCGCCGCUUCCCUCCACCCCGCUUCCUCUACCUCCAAGCGCCACUGCCCCAACCUCCGGCAUGCAACUAGGCUGCCUUCCGCCGCCUCCCCUUGCUCUGGCGUGCCUCCCAUCGCCAUGGCUCCGGCACGCCUCCCACCGCCGCACCCCCGGCCCCGGUGCGCUUCCAGCCAUCGCCUUCUCUCCAGCAGCCGCGGCCACCCGUGACCAGCGUCAGCACAACCAGCUACAAAUCCAGUGGGAUUCCCCCCCACUCCUGUCCAUAGUCGCGUGGCUCGCGGCAAAACAGGGCCGCCGAGGAGAACAUCUCCCGUCCGGCAAGGAGCAUCUCAAGGGCGUCCGACGAGGAGCAUCUCAGGGGCGAGGAACAUCUCCCACCUCCUCCCUAGUGCAGAGCUUUCAGUCCAGGCCCCCGCGGCAAAAAACGCAGUGUCCACUCCUAUGAAAAUGCUCCUCCAAUAUCUUCAGGCGGUGUGGGCAUCCGGUCAUAGAGAGAUGUGUGGAGCGCUGCAUUCCGCUUGUUGUUGACCUCGUGGCCGCAAACGCCGAGAUUAUUGUCGUGUGUGGACUGCAACAAUGACCGAAUCCGACCUUCACCAGCAUCAUCAUUCUUCCUUCUCCUGUUCACCAACGUGCACCACCCGUCAUGGGUUAAGACACUGCUCAGACACUUCGAGGUGCCAUCGAUGGAUGUCUUGUCAAAAAGAUUCGCUCUCUUCGGCUUUAUUGCUGGGUGGAGCAUCGCAACCUCUGCUGAGACUGGACCUACCUUCCAGCUUGCACUGGUACUCGUCUCAUGCAUAUACUUUCUCAACGACAAGAUGAAAGAACCUUGGCAGGGCGUCUGCUACAGGGCUUGGACUCUUUGCGAGUGGCUGGAUAGUAGGUUCGCUGCAUGGAUAGAUUGUUUCAAGAGGAAUUUACUGCACUUUUAUUAUGAUUCAGAUUUCAGAAGUAAGCUAAAACAAUUUGGUUUGCAGCAGGUUCAGGCAAGUCUUUUGUGUUUGUUUCAAGGUUCAGAAGUAAGGAAGUACUAGCUAGUUUAAUGUAGUAGUUUUUCAGGGCUCAGAUUUUGACGCCUCUAAUGAUUUUUUUGUCUACUGCACACAGUUGAAUCUCCAAGUUAUAAGAUUCUGUCAGUGUUGAAGAUCAAGAUUACUUUCAAACUGCAACCAUCAUCUACUAUUUGGUUGUCCUUUCCAUUGCCCCUUGAGUAGCAUCGUCUGUUGUUUCUUUCGCCAGCAGAGCACCACUCUCUCAUGAUGAAGUUUCCUAAUUGAGUCUCAAACUGCAGCAACCUAAUCUGGACUUGUUUUAGGAAUGACCGAUUAAUCGGUCCAAAUUCUAACUGUUGAUUAUCCACUGGGCGCCUUCACGGCGUGCUUCAGACUCCAAUCCAUCCUUGUUGUCCUUAGAGAGGAACACGUACAGGUCGUGGGUCGCUAGCAGGAGAUAAGAAUUAUAUGCAUCAGGUCACUUAGCUUCCUUUGCUUUGUGGGCAAAAGGUUAUCAAAGUUCUCGCAAUUUUUUUGGGUAAAAAGUAUAGAAAUUCAUGGAAGAUUGAUUUGUGUAUGCUUGUGAGUCUGAAACCUUUUUUAGUUGAUGUCAGCCAAAAAAAUGUGGAUAUGUUGUGCGUGUGUGUGUAGUACACCGAAUUGAAAAAUACUAUUUUCUGUCAUGUAGAUCAAAGAAAGAACAUAGAAAAUUUUAAAAUGUGGAUACACACAUUUUCUA